AUGGAUCCUCUCGACAACCUAGAGAAAACCAUCGACAACGCCGAUGUAAAUGUUCUCCAAACCUCAACCUCCGAAAUUCAGGCUGGAACUAUCAUAACGGUGGAUCUUCGAGAUGUAGAUGAGGCAUUUACAUCUCUAUCUGCUCAUCCCAGGGCAGCUGAUCUCACGAUUGAGGGAAAUGCUAUUCUAGAGGAUCCUCUACAAAGCAAAAGGUUAAUCAAAAAGAUUGACCUAACCAUGCCUCCCUUGCUGGCUGCAGUUUACUUUCUGCAGUAUCUGGACAAAACUACACUCUCAUAUGCAUCUGUCAUGGGGAUUCGAGAGGAUACAAAUCUUGUUGGACAGUAUAUUACUCAACGAAUCUCUCGUCUAGGCCUUUAUCUCGGAGUAAACAUAAUGUUAUGGGGUUUGGUCCUGGGCUGCCAUGCUGCAUGCACAUCCUACGUUGGUCUUGCGGUUUGUCGUUUCCUACUGGGUGUAUUCGAAUCAUGCGUUGCACCAAUUCUUGUUCUCAUUGUUUCUAUCUGGUACCACAAAGAAGAACAGGGCCGCCGCGUAUCCUGGUUCUAUGUCUGUAACUCGUUGACGCAGAUCGUUGGUGGGUUAUUGGCUUAUGGAAUUAGUUUUGUGAAUACAAAAUUCGCGAGCUGGAGAAUAUUUUUCGUGGUAAUUGGUGGGUUGACGAUGAUGGUUGGUUUGUUAGUUUGCGUGUUUUUACCCGACUCACUGGUGAAAGCGAAAAGAUUUAGUGAUGCUGAAAAGGUGGCGGUUUUGAUGAGAGUUAAGGAUAAUCAGAGUGGAACACAGAAUUGCCCACUUCAAAAAGCAUCAAUUGUUCGAAACAUUUCAAGACGUUCGAGUCUGGAUAGUAUGCAUCUGUACACUUCUCAGCUCUAUUCCCAAUGGAGGUCUUUCCAACUUCAGUAG